AUGAAGGGGACCUGCGUCAUUGCAUGGCUGUUCUCCAGCCUGGGGUGGUGGAGACUCGCCCAGCCGGAAACGGACGCAUCUCAGUGCCAGAGAGCGGAGCACCCGGUCAUUUCCUAUAAAGAAAUUGGCCCCUGGUUACGGGAGUUCAGAGCGAAGAAUGCUGUGGAUUUCUCGCAGUUAACAUUUGACCCAGGACAGAAAGAACUUGUUGUAGGAGCAAGAAACUACCUCUUCAGGUUACAGCUUGAGGAUUUGUCUCUGAUCCAGGCUGUGGAGUGGGAGUGUGAUGAAGCCACCAAGAAGGCCUGUUACAGUAAGGGCAAGUCCGAGGAGGAAUGUCAGAACUACAUCCGGGUGCUUUUGGUGGGUGGUGACCGGUUAUUUACCUGUGGGACCAACGCUUUCACGCCUGUCUGCACCAAUCGCACGUUGAAUAACCUGACCGAGAUCCAUGAUCAGAUCAGCGGUAUGGCCCGCUGCCCCUACAGUCCCCAGCACAACUCCACGGCUCUUCUCACGGCCGGUGGGGAGCUGUACGCCGCUACGGCCAUGGAUUUUCCCGGACGGGAUCCUGCCAUUUACCGGAGCCUGGGCGUCUUACCUCCCCUCCGCACGGCGCAGUACAACUCCAAAUGGCUCAACGAACCAAACUUCGUGUCCUCUUAUGACAUCGGAAAUUUCACCUACUUCUUUUUUCGAGAAAAUGCCGUGGAGCACGACUGUGGGAAAACCGUGUUCUCCAGAGCUGCCCGUGUCUGUAAGAACGACAUUGGGGGGCGGUUCCUGCUGGAGGACACCUGGACCACGUUCAUGAAGGCUCGUUUGAACUGCUCCCGGCCCGGGGAGGUCCCCUUUUACUACAAUGAACUGCAGAGCACGUUCUUCCUGCCUGAGCUGGAUUUGAUCUAUGGCAUCUUUACCACCAAUGUGAACAGCAUCGCCGCCUCGGCCGUGUGCGUCUUCAACCUGAGCGCCAUCUCCCAGGCCUUUAACGGACCCUUCAAGUACCAGGAGAACUCACGCUCUGCCUGGCUGCCGUAUCCCAACCCCAACCCCAACUUCCAGUGUGGCACGGUGGACCAGGGCCUAUACAUGAACCUGACGGAGAGGAACCUGCAGGAUGCUCAGAGGUUCAUUCUGAUGCAUGAGGUGGUGCAGCCCGUGACCUCGGUGCCCGCCUUCAUGGAGGACAACAGCCGCUUCUCCCACGUGGCCGUGGACGUGGUGCAGGGCAGGGACAUGCUGGUCCACAUCAUCUACCUGGCCACAGAUUACGGCACCAUUAAAAAAGUGCGGGCACCCCUGGCUCCGGCUGCCGGCAGCUGUUUGCUGGAAGAGAUCGAGCUCUUCCCCGAGCGGUGGAGGGAGCCCAUCAGGAGCCUGCAGAUCCUGCACAGCCAGAGUGUCCUGUUUGUGGGCCUGCAGGAGCACGUGGCCAAGGUCCCACUGAAGAGAUGCCCGUUCUACCGCACGCGCAGUGCCUGCAUUGGGGCCCAGGACCCUUACUGUGGCUGGGACAUGGUGAUGAAGAAAUGCACGAGCCUGGAGGAGAGCCUGAGCAUGAUGCAGUGGGAGCAGAGCACCUCCACCUGUCCUACGAGGAAUCUCACCGUGGACGGGCACUUCGGCGCAUGGUCUCCGUGGACGCCCUGCACGCACAUGGAUGGCAGCGCCGUGGGCUCCUGCCUGUGUCGCACCCGCUCCUGUGACAGCCCGGCCCCCCAGUGUGGCGGCUGGCAGUGCGAGGGCCCCCGCAUGGAGAUCGCCAACUGCUCCAGGAACGGAGGCUGGACCCCCUGGACCUCAUGGUCUCCCUGCAGCACCACCUGUGGGAUCGGCUUCCAGGUGCGCCAGCGGUCCUGCAGCAACCCCACUCCCCGGCACGGGGGCCGGGUGUGCGUGGGACAGAACCGUGAGGAAAGAUACUGCAACGAGCAUUUGCUGUGUCCCCCGCACAUGUUCUGGACAGGCUGGGGUCCUUGGGAACGGUGCACAGCCCAGUGUGGGGGUGGUAUUCAAGCUCGCCGCAGGACCUGCGAGAAUGGACCUGACUGCGUGGGCUGUAAUGUGGAGUACCAGCCUUGCAACACCAACCCGUGCCCCGAGCUGAAGAAGACCACGCCCUGGACGCCCUGGACGCCAGUCAACAUCUCAGACAACGGGGGCCACUAUGAGCAACGGUUCCGCUACACUUGCAAAGCCCGCCUGCCUGAUCCAAAUCUGCUCGAAGUGGGAAGGCAGAGAAUCGAGAUGCGGUACUGUUCCAGUGACGGAACCAGCGGCUGCUCCACAGACGGACUUUCUGGUGAUUUCCUGCGCGCUGGGAGGUACUCCGCCCACACCGUCAACGGGGCGUGGUCAGCCUGGACGUCGUGGUCACAGUGCAGCCGCGACUGUAGCCGGGGCAUUCGGCACCGGAAGCGUGUUUGCAACAACCCCGAGCCCAAGUAUGGGGGCAUGCCAUGCCUGGGCCCAUCCCUGGAAUAUCAGGAGUGCAACAUUUUGCCCUGCCCAGUGGAUGGCGUCUGGUCUUGCUGGUCUCCCUGGUCAAAAUGCUCGGCGACGUGUGGUGGUGGGCACUACAUGAGGACCCGCUCGUGCACAAACCCAGCCCCAGCCUACGGAGGAGACAUCUGCCUGGGGCUGCACACGGAGGAGGCGCUCUGCAACACGCAGCCCUGCCCGGAGAGCUGGUCCGAGUGGUCAGACUGGUCUGAGUGCGACGUGUCUGGAGUGCAGGUCCGUGCCCGCCAAUGCAUCCUUCUGUUCCCUGUGGGUAGCCAGUGUUCUGGAAACACCACCGAGAGCCAGCCGUGUGUUUUUGAUGCCAAUUUCAUCCCAGAAGUAUCUGUGGCGAGAUCCAGUAGUGUAGAAGAGAAACGGUGUGGGGAGUUCAAUGUGUUCCACAUGAUUGCCGUGGGGCUGAGCAGCUCCAUCCUGGGCUGCCUCCUUACUCUGCUUGUCUACACCUACUGUCAGCGGUACCAGCAGCAAUCCCACGAUGCCACGGUCAUCCACCCCGUUGCUCCCGCCCCGCUCAACACCAGCAUAACUAACCACAUCAACAAACUGGACAAGUAUGACUCAGUGGAAGCCAUCAAGGCGUUUAACAAAAACAACUUGAUCCUAGAGGAAAGAAACAAGUACUUCAACCCUCACCUCACUGGGAAGACCUAUUCCAACGCCUACUUUACAGAUCUCAAUAAUUACGAUGAGUACUAAAUAGCUGUUACAUUUUUGGCUUCUUGUAAUCCCCCGGUUUCUCAAGGCCUGUCCUCCAUGACUGCCCAUGUUUCCACGACUUCAGAGAUGAAGUUUGGAUACAUUUCAAGUGCAUUUCAAGCCAUGAGUGUCCCAUUGCUGCCAAAAACAGACAUCCUUAAAAGCAACAAA